CAUAGUCUACAGCUUGAAGAGUGUUUUCUGAGUUUGGGUGGAAGAUGUAGGGGAGGUCAGGCUUGUGAAGGUCGUUGUUUUGGGAAGAAUGGCUUUGCAUGCCUUGCGUGCAUCCCGCACGUUAGCUGGAAGAGCUGGUCUGGCUGCCAGGCCUGCCCUAGCCACGUCUGCUUUCACCUGCAGAAGAAGGGAAUCAUAUCUGGCUAGUCCAUCACCGAUUUGUGUACAAUCUCGCAACUAUCAGCUUCCAUCAUGGUUGUGGCCGUUUGGAGAGUCCACGGCGGCAUCGGCAGAGCCAUCUGCACCACUUCUUGUGGAGCCGGAGCCAGAGCCUUUGGAGGUCGUCACUGGAUUUACAAAUGAGGGCGCGUUUGUACCUGUCAAUUCAGACAUGGUUGAUUUCACUGUUGCGUCAAAGUGGACGGCCGACGCACUGACACCCAACCUGGAGGCAUUCGGCCUGGGCAGUCAUUGGACUCCGGUCGGCUGGCUACAACACUUGUUUGUCUACUUGACAGAUAACCUGCACUUUCCUGUUGUGGCAUCCCUGUUUGGCCUGAUCCUGCUGAUGCGCCUGCCCAGCAUCCCCUACUAUAUCCGAGGCAAGCGCGAGCAGUCCGUCAUGCAAGCGCGCCAGGUACGCCACACUAAGGUCCGCAAGGAUUUUGAAUACUACCAGUCCGUCAAUGCCGUCGAGAAGGCCAACGAGGCACGUGCGGAGAUGGUGAAACUGCAGGCCGAAGCCUUCAAGGGCAUGGUACCACUGUUUAUGCAGUUCCCGAUCACGUUUGUAUUCUUCGGAGUGCGCAGGAUGUGUAACGUUGAUUAUGGCAUGCUGGCUAAUGGGCAUUUUCUGUGGCUGCCCACGCUAACGGCGAGUGAUCCUUACUUUAUACUACCGGCUAUGUCUACUGCGCUCAUCCUGGGUUUGGUGAUGUCGAACACUGAGUUGGGCGCAAGUGCUUUGGUGAACUCGCCAAAGAGAGCACUUGGAUAUUGUGCCUUGGCUUUUUCUGGUGUUGUCUUUUGCUUCCUUCCAGCGGCCUCGGUCAUGGUCAUUCUAAUGAACUCCAGCAUUACACUGCUGCUUAGCUUACUGUUACGUGUGGACGCGGUUUCCAGCUUCUUGAACUUGCCCAAGCCCGUCAAACCCUCACCCGAGUCGUUGCCAAAGGAAGAAGUGGCCAAGAGUAGUGCGCUGACUCUGAGCGGUAUGCAAGAGCGACUGAAAGUAGCGCGCUCUGGUAUCUCCAAGAUGCCAGUGUUCGCAGACCUCCUGCAAGAACAAAAGAACAAGCAAAGAAUGAGAGACCACAAGGAGGAAGAAGCUAUGAAGAUGGUUCAAUUCAAGAAGCAGAUGAAGGCAGCGGCUACAGGCAAAUUGAGAGUGUGAACGUUUUUUUGCACCCACCCAUCUGCCUGUGGGUGAAAGUCUUGUCAAUGUCCUUUCAGCGUCGGCGUCUUGCUGCUUUCAUGCUGCCGGUCGGCACAUGUGGGUGCGACCGCCUGAGGAGUUCUGUGCCGAGCGUGCUGUGCAGUGACGAAGAGUUCUAGUCUGGCGUUAUGCUGUGCUGAGUACAAUGGUAGCUUGUACUGCUGACAACGCAAUGCUCUACCAAUGGUACUUCCCAGUAGUUGGAGAGUAGUUUAAUUAAAGGGUGAAAUUGCUUUAUUACUUUGGAAUAGGGUUGCAGUGGCUUCUAUGUGCAUUCUUAUUUUGACUUGAACCAGAAGUAAUACGUACAUACCGUGUGGAUACAUGGCGUCUUGGUGUAUCUUGGUAUGCAUGCAUGCUAUCUUGUACAAUGAAUGUGGGACCACUGUCACCAGGCAGUUGCUACUAUAAGUUUGAUCUAUUUCUCGAAGAGGUGUAGCCAUCAGGCCGGUCUCCGCGAGUA